CGGCGGCGGCGAGCGAUGGAGCCGCCCCGAGACUGAGGCCGAGGUGCUGAUCCGGGAGCGCUCCAGGAGCACGCCACCUUGGAUAUGGACGUCGUGCUGUCGGAUUUUGUUCGCUCAACGGGGGCAGAGCCGGGACUGGCCCGAGACCUGCUCGAAGGGAAAAACUGGGAUCUGAGCGCGGCCCUGAGCGACUUCGAGCAGCUGCGGCAGGUGCACGCGGGGAACCUGCCGCACGCCUUCAACGAGGGGCGCAGCUACAGGGCUGCCGAGAAGGAGGCGCCGCGGCCGGCGCGGCCGCCGCUCCAGCGGCAGGACGACAUCGUGCAAGAAAAGCGCCUGUCGCGAGGCAUCUCCCACGCCAGCUCCACCAUCGUCUCCCUGGCCCGCUCCCACGUCUCCAGCAAUGGCAGCAGCGAGCACCUCCUGGAGAUGCCCAUCUGCACGUUCCAGCUGCCCGACCUCACCGUGUACACGGAGGACUUCCGCAGCUUCAUCGAGCGCGACCUCAUCGAGCAGUCCAUGCUCGUGGCCUUGGAGCAGGCUGGUCGCCUCAACUGGUGGGCUGCCGUGGACCCCAGCUGCCAGCGGCUCCUUCCCCUGGCCACCACGGGCGACGGGAACUGCCUGCUCCACGCUGCCUCCCUGGGCAUGUGGGGUUUCCACGACAGGGAUCUUAUGCUGCGCAAAUCCCUCUAUACYCUGAUGGAUAAAGGCGUGGAAAGGGAAGCCCUGAAGCGGAGGUGGCGCUGGCAGCAGACGCAGCAGAACAAGGAGUCCGGCCUGGUUUACACGGAAGAGGAGUGGCAGAAGGAGUGGAAUGAGCUGAUCAAGCUGGCGUCAAGUGAGCCCCGCGUCCACUACGGCACGAAUGGAGGCAACUGCGGAGGGGUGGAAAGCUCCGAAGAGCCAGURUACGAGAGCCUGGAGGAGUUCCAUGUUUUUGUCCUCGCCCAUGUGCUGAAGAGACCCAUCGUGGUGGUGGCAGACACAAUGCUGCGCGACUCGGGGGGCGAAGCCUUUGCGCCCAUCCCCUUUGGAGGCAUUUAUCUUCCUCUUGAAGUCCCCGCCAACAAAUGCCAUCGCUCUCCGUUGGUUCUGGCCUACGACCAAGCUCAUUUUUCUGCCCUGGUAUCCAUGGAGCAGAAGGAACCCACAAAAGAUCAAGCCGUGAUCCCCCUGACGGACUCGGAGCACAAGCUGCUGCCCGUGCACUUCGCCGUGGACCCCGGGAAGGAGUGGCAGUGGGGCAAAGACGACAGCGACAACGUCAAGCUGGCCGGCGUGACGUUAUCACUGGAAGCAAAGCUGCAUUUGCUGCACAGCUACAUGAAUGUUAAAUGGAUCACCUUGCCUUGUGACACGCAGGCGCCUUUGGCCCAGCCGGAAUCGCCCACGGCCUCGGCYGGCGACGACGCUCGCUCGGCCGCGGAGUCGGGCGACUCCGACAAGGAGUCUGUGUGCAGCAGCUCGGCCAGCAACGGCGGCGGCCGGGCCUGCAGGGACAAAGAGAAGCCAAAGAAAGACCGCGACAAGGAGAAGGACAAGAAGCGGGCAGACUCRGUCGCCAACAAGCUGGGCAGCUUCGGCAAGACGCUGGGCAGCAAGCUCAAGAAGAACAUGGGCGGCUUGAUGCACAGCAAAACCAUCAAGGGCGGCRUGAGCAACGGGGACACCCUGGAGAAGAAGAAGAAGGGCUCGCUGAAGACACGGAAAGGCAGCAGAGAGGAGCCUUCCGCCGGAGACUUGGCAGCUCCAGGGGAGAAAUCCAGCAAAGCGGCCGCGGAGAAGCCGGCGGAUCCCUACAAAUACAGCAACGACGUGAGGCUGAGCCUGAGCAUCCUGCGGGCGGCCAUGCAGGGCGAGCGCAAGUUCAUCUUUGCCGGCCACCUCAAGACCAGCAACCGGCACCAGUACCAGGAGGAGAUGAUCCAGCGGUACCUGCUGGAUGCCGAGGAGCGCUUCCUGGCCGAGCAGAAGCAGAAGGAGGCGGAGAAGAAGGCGCUGGGCCCCGUGGGCAGGAAGGUGGAGCCGGAGGGCAGCGUUCCCAAGGGCGAGGAGGGGAUGCUGAGCCCCGCUUACCCGCCGCCGCCGUCCUACGCCCUGCCAGCCCCGGAGCUGCCGCUGGGCGCCAAGACGGUGGCUUUUCCCUCCAGCUACUCGGGSGUCUUCACCUUCCCGCGGCCCUCCGUGGGCGGUGGGGCCGAGGGCUGCCCCGCGGGCGGCUGCCAGGACGUGCGGCGGCAGCUCGCCGGCGGCUCCGGCCUGCCUCCCUACGCCACCCUGCCCCGCCACUGCCCCCCGGCCCGCGCCGGGCCCUACGCCUGCGGCCCGCUGCCCGCCGCCCGCUUCUCUCCACCCGAUCCAGAGGCUCAAGCCGGGUUCCCCGUGGAGGCCGACGGCCCGGCCGGCCUCCCCGCCGCCGCUGCCUCCCCCAGCAACGGCUACCGGGACUGCGCGGAGCAGGAGGCGUCGCUGAAAGGGGCCGGCGUGGACAAAACGAGGGGCCGGGCGCUGUACAGCGGGCAGCAGCCCAAGUGCAAGCAGCCCAACUGCGGCUUUUACGGGCAUCCCGAAACCGGGAAUUUCUGCUCCUGCUGCUACAAGGAGGAACUGAAGCGCAAGGAGCGGGAAGCGCUCGUGCACCGGUUCUGAGGCGCYGGCCGAGGCGGCAGCGGAGCGCUUCUCGCCUUACUGUCCUGCCCGCGCGCUCCGCACAGGGAGCGGGCGCUCGGCCACCGGGGCGCCCGGGAGGAGCAAGCGGAGACUCUGGAAGGAGGCAGGAGGCCGGAGCCGGGAUGCGCUCGGCUCGGAGCACGUGGGCCCAGCGGGCCGGGAGGGAAGUUCUCCGGAGCGACCCGAGGAACCAGACCAAAGCCUUCCGGCRCCGCGAGCUCCCGCAGCGCCGCUCCGCCGCGCCCAGCCAAAGCGCCCGGCGAAUUCCGGCUCCGGAGCCGCAGAGCUUUUAACGGAGAGGUUUUUAACACUGUUCUUAGUGUACAUACAAUUAUUUUUUGCUGGUACUGAGAGAAACACAUAGUUGCAGUUGGACUUUAUUUCCCUUUUCUCCCCCCCACCCCGGUUGAGGAGCUCGUCGGAGCUGCCCCCCUGCAGCCGCAGUAUAUUUUUAAAUGUUUUAUUUUUCAACUCUUUUUUUGGGGGGUUGGGAGGGGAGCCGAGGGGCUCUGAGCUCCCGGGCCGGCGCCUCUGCCCAGCAAUAACCCCGGAGCCCCCGGCCCGGCCGCCCCGCGCGCCGUGACUCUUUCUACUUGAUCAAGCUACUUCCGUACUACCUCUGUUCUGCCGAAUAGGAUUAACUUGGCUCCAUUUUGCUGAGCCCCUAACUGACCUUUCGACUGAGUCAUAUUAAAGCUAUUUUUGAUAAUAGGGCUAACGAGCGAAGCGGGAGGAAGGCGCUCCCCCCUCGGCCGUGCACGCUUGACGCGCUCCCAUCCGCGCUCCCUUCUCCCUCCCCGGCUCGCGGCGGGGGGCACCUCUAGCACUGCAAUGUUUGCACAGAUUUUUUKUU